AUGAAUAAAUCAUAGAAUCAAAUAACUCCUACAUCUCAUCCUGGUUCAGUUAUAUUGAGCAAUGCUGGGAUUGCUUAAAAGGCUGAAACUGAUUUAUACGAUAAAAUCACUAAGUUUCAUUAGAUUACAUUGCAUAAGCAUGACAUUGACAAAAUCAAAACAGAUGAAAGAGUUUAAGCAGCUGAUUAUGCGAUAAAAGUAAAGACUGAGAAAAUAAAGCUGGGGAUGGAAAUAGUGGAGAUUUUGCUUAAGGAGAGACUAAAAUUCAUUUAAUAAAUGCAAUAAAACGAAUAAAAAAUAAUGGCGAUUAUAAAGGAGACAAUGCAAUUGUUUUCCAUUGAAAAAUUCGAUGAUUUCCCCAGAGAUCAAUUCACUAAUUAUUUGAAGUCACUUAGGGACAUUCUAUUGUUGAGUUACCCAUCAUUCAAAACAUUAAAUACAAUAAUCCAUCAUAGUGAGAAGUAUUAUCAACAAAAAACCAGAUGGAAAGCAUAUUGUUAAUAGAAAUUAUGUAUUAAUGGAUACUUGAUUGGAUUAUUGAAUAUGAAUUUAAUUGAUGUCUCAAAUGCCUUGUAUCAUAAAUUGAAAAAGUACAGAAUUUAAUUGUUGUAAAUACAUGGAGGGUAAGAGUAAGAAAACUAUGUGUUGAAUGAUGAAUAACUACAAAAAUUGUUGAACUUCUUAGGCGAAAUUAAUGCUGACUUUGCUGAUAAUGUUAGUGCACAUUUGAGUAUUAUUGUUUAUUAAUGGAUAGACGAUGUGACCAAAUUGUAGAGUGGUUACUAAGUAAAUCUCGAUAUUUAUUUUAAUUUUUUGGGUCAAUUUGAAAGUCGAAUAUUAGAUAAAUUAUUUGAGUUGGAUAAUUUAUAAUUAAGAUGUGAAGCCAUACAACAUUAAAAUGAGAAGGCUUAGAAGAUUCUGAAGAGAAUGAUAUUGCCUUAGAAAUACGAUAAUUACAAUAUAUAACUUGGAGUCUAAAUACAAGAUAUUUUGAAUAACAACUAGGCCCAAGUCUUAAAGACUAAGGAAGAACUAGGAAAGAUAAAGAUGAUAGAAUUAAUCAUACUGGAAGCUCAAGAACCAGAUGACACUUACAAGCCUAUUGGUUAAUUUAAGGGAGCUCAGAAAUUGAUACCAAAGGUGAUUGUAGUCAUGUAAGCAAUGAUUCAAGAUAAAAUCAUCAAUUUGGACUAAAAAUUAAACGAAGUCUAAUUGAUAUUGACUGGAGUGAAAUAGCUAUUCUUAAGUUUGAAAGAAUUAUUGGUAGCAGAAAAGAAGUUAUCCAAAGCCCAAGCAUUAUAUACAAAUUUAAAAUCCACUGUGGAGAACUUGAGAAGAGACAAAUCUAAAAUAAAUGUGGAGGAAUUGUAUGAACAAUCCUUAAAACUAUAGAAAUAUGUGAAUAUUUUAUCAGAAUAAGCAAACAUAGCAAUGAUGAUAUCAGAAUAAUUACCUAAAAUAAGUGAAUUUAUUUAGAUGAUUCAAAGAUUCAUUACGAAAUAACAAUUUUUGUCGAAUGACAUACUUAGAAUUUUGGGAAUUGAAAAAGUAUGA